GAAAUACUGCAACUGCAUUGUUCUGUUUUUUAUAUCCACUAUAAAGUGGCUUCAAGCCUAUAGUUUUUAUAAUCGGUAGUUUUAUUUCUUUUUAAGACUGUUUCACAACCGUUAAAGAAUAUACGUACUCUUCUCACGUGUAAGUUCAAAAAAAAAUUAUGGCCAACAAUAAUUAUCGUGAACCAAACACAAAAAAGAGAGGACGACCCGCAAGCAAACUUUCUGUCAGGUUAUUUCUGCUUGAUCCAGACACCGUGAUCACUAAAGUGACAAAAGACACUUGUUCAAAAACUGGGAUAGAAGCGUUGAUGCAAAGAGGAUAUGGACCACCUGCAAAAGAACAUUGUAUAAAAGAUGACAAGGUGGAAUUUACCCUCGACUUAACAAAUGAACAGUUUAAACAGAAAUUGAUUGAAAUUUAUCCCAAAUUGGAAAAUGCCUUUUUUGUGUUCAUGAAAGCGAACAAAACCAACACAUUGGAAGAACUGAAUCCAGGAUUGUGCUGUUUCAGAUGCUACACUCCAGAAAAUGUUUACAACAGUGAACGUGGACAAGGAAGGCUUUAUAUGAGAAUUAUUGCUGAGAACGAGAUAUUUCCUUGUACCCAUGGAAUAUCUCGCACAAAAAGACUGCGUGGUAUGGUUGGUGGUGACCAGCAAUUUUAUGUACCAAUCUUACCAAAACCUGCGUCAACCUUCACCACAGGUGACGUCGUUACCUCAGUUGUUACCAUGCCAACAGUUCAAACCGAAUCAAGCCAAUCUGGCAGCACAUCAACACAAAGUCAAUUAUCAUCGUCCACCAUUACUUCCACCAUUACUUCGUCAACUGUAACGCCACUGGAUAACAACAGUUCGGUGAACGUCACAACGCUUGGUCCACCAUUAUCUGUUGUUUCUCCCGCAACACCUGGACUUCCAAGUUCCCAAAGUCGUUUAUCAACAUCAAAUAUCUCACAGUCCGAAUCAAACCAACCCGUCAACAGUGACCAGUUAACACGAAGGCAAAUAUCCAUGUCGAUUGUUCCUCAGGUUGAUCUUGCUCCUACACCGCAAAACCCAGGUGGCAUUCUGGUGCAGAGGCCGUUACAAACAUCACUUACAGUUUCUUCCAUCACAUUAACACCAUUCCUGCAAAAUUCUGUUAAUAUUGCAUCACAAAGCCAAUUUUUAUCGCCAUCUGUUAUUUCCGGGCCAAGUCAGCCAGCUCAAGUUUCUAAUGUUUUAGCCCAAAGACAGUUACCAAUAUCGACUGCUUUCAUUACUGGAAAUACAGCAAUACCGGCAAUUCAAAAUCAUGGCAAUUUUGUAAACCCGGGCCAGUUAGAAUCACGUGGUUCUGGGUCAAUGACACCGCAAGGGCAGUCUUCAAGAUCAAUUGGACUUUCUGACGUAAAUUUUUUGCAAGCUAUUCCGGGCACAAAUUCUUUUAACCAAACCGUUGUUGAGCAAGAUCUCUAUUCACCAUGGAGAACGCCUGGGGAAGCAAUGUUGCUUGCUUCACAGAAUCCUGUCUUAACUUCGUCUGCUCUACCUCCACUCAUAUCAUUGGAAUCUCUGGACUUAAAUAUAUUGGUGGAUGCAGCGAUGCAGCAAGAACAAAAUGCGAAAUCCCCAUUCAGUAGUGUUGAUAGUUCAAACGUGCAGGGACACGUCAACCAACCAGAAGAACCAAACGAAUUAAGAAUUCAGAAGUUUCUUGAAAAUGUUGAAUCAACUAAGAAACUCACGAUAUCAUUGGAAGUUCUGGAUGAUGAUCUCCUCUUGAAGAGGUUGAAAGAAUCCACAGUUGAAAUUCACACGAUAGAAAUUCACUCCAGGUGUGAGGUACACAAAGUUCUGAGUGUUUAUUCUUUGCCCUCUUGUCUAAAGAUCCUUCGUAUUAUUAAUAAUAUCGUAAAUUGUGAGGAUAUUUCUGCUCUAGUCAGAUGCUUUCGCAGCGAAAAUAGUUUGCAGGAAUUAGAUUUAUGUCGUACUAAGUUCGAAAAAAAUGGUAUCUAUAGUUUUAUAGGCGUACUUAUGAAUUGCAGCAAUUUAACAAAAUUGUUUUUAUCUGAUAAUUGCUUAACUAAAGAAGAAACGUUCGGUUUGAUGGCUUCAUUACAGUCCAUAAAAAAUCUUAAACACAUAGACUUAUCUAAAAAUAACCUAAGCGUAUUCGAGAUACACGGACAAUUAAAUCACAUUGUUUCAUUAGAUUUAUCGCACAGCGCACUCCAGGGAAACACAUGCAUCAUUGAGAUCUGUAAACUGCAGUCACUCGAAGAAAUAAACCUCUCUCACAACCACAUUAGAUUUUCCCCGUUGCCCAAUUUCAACACACAACUCAACAAGCUGCCAAUUAACAUGAAAAACAUUUCACUAUCUUUCAAUUACAUGACACCCGAAGACAUCAGCCAAUUUUGCUUCUUAAUUAAGUCAAACUUGACGAAACUUUACUUAGAUUCCAAUCACAUAUGCAAUUCAAUUUGGUCGUUGUGUUCAUUAAGUGUAAGAAUUAAGCAUUUGAAAGUAUUAAGUUUGGCUAAUACUGAUGUUUGUGUUGCUGUGGAUGGUUUGGCGUUCCUACUUUCUUUGGUGCAAGAACUGGAAGAACUCAAUUUAUCGUCCAAUAAUCUUGUGUUGGACGACUUUCGUCAACUCCAAUCAGCAUUGUCAAACUUAACGCAGUUAAAAAAGUUGAAUUUAAGCAACAAUCCUGAAGGAGCUUCAGAUCUUUUGCAAGAGAUCUUAGCUUCGUUCAAAAAUCUCCAGGAGUUGAGGCUAAGUAACACACAUAUGAAUGGUAAAGAUUUGGGGAAAAUCUCAAACUCACUCGCAUCCUUAAGAGAUCUUAGGUAUCUCGAUUUAAGCAUGAAUGCUAUUGACUCAGAUUGGACAAGAGCACUUGCGAACUUGUUGAAAGGAUUUCCCUUGUUGGAGGGGUUAGACCUUGGUCAAUCAUUUAUGACGGGAAGUGAUUUAAAUGUGUUGUGGAAUAGUUUUGCUUCGCUAAAAGUGUUGAAAUAUCUGAAUUUGUCUGGCAAUCAGGUUGAUGCCAAUGCUUUUGAUAAUUCCCUGUUAUUUCCUCCGUCGUUGGAAGAGCUUAUUAUCAGUAAUAUUAUUCAUAGCGAAAAGCUCUUUGUUAAAAUGUUACCACUUAAGAAUCUAAGAAAACUUUACCUUAUUGACAUGAGAUUAAGAGCGUGUGAUGUCGAGGCAUUAGCCGCAAUGUUGUCGUCUUUUUCGAUGUUGGAAGAGAUAUCUUUAGCUCAUACAGUUGUAGACUCGAACAUUGAAAAAAUCUUUAGUGCUAUAAAGCCUUUACCCAAUAUUAAAAUUAUUGACCUCAGUGGCGUAAAAUUACCUGAUGUAGAUGCAUUAGUUGACAUGCUUUCGUCUCUUUUGUCUUUGGAAGAACUAGUUUUAGCGAGAAUAUGUGUUGACCAAAUCGACCAUAAAAAACUAAUUGAUGCGUUAGUUUUGUUGAAAUCUUUAAGAAUUCUCAAUCUUCAUUGGGCUAAAAAGUUCCGAAAAGAGUGGAAACCACAUUCGCUAGGUAUUUGUUUUAAAGGUGGUGUAGAUACAAAACAACUGUGUUCUGGGUUGGGGAAAAUCAGAUAUUUAAAGGAACUUAGCUUAAAGGUUGGGGAGUUAAACGUUGGGGACCGUAACAACCCAAAGUGUAUAAACCAUUUAGCUGAAGUGUUACCAUCACUACAUUUGUUGGAAAGGUUUGUGUUGGAAUGUAAAUAUUGUUGUUCAUCUGAUAAAUUGUUUUCCGCGUUAGGAAGAUUGAUGUAUUUGCGAGAUCUCGAACUCGUUCUUUACUUCGGUGACUAUGAAAAUGCUAGAAAUGCUUUGAAAGCUUUAGCUCAAAUGUUAUCAUCACUGCAGUUAUUGGAAAAACUAGUGUCUGAUCUGACGUGUAGAUGGUAUGAUGAAGAUGAAGAUGAAGAUGGAGAUUAUAGAAGCGAAAUACAACUGGUCAUGACCGCAUUAGGAAAGUUGAAGAAUUUAAGAGAACUUGGAUUAUCUGGUAUUUUUAGUGGAGAAGCCAUAGUUGAGGUUUUAGCGUCACUGCCAUUGUUGGAGCGAUUAAUGCUCAGGUCUGGUUGCGAAUCUUGGUUUGUGCAUAAUAAUAUUGGAUAUGAAGAAAAAAUAUUUCAUUCUUUAGUAAAAGUAAAAUAUUUAAAACAGCUUUUUAUAUAUGAUAAUUUUGUUAGCCCAGAUUUAGUUGAGGUCUUACCGUCACUGAGGUUGUUGGAGACGCUAGGAUUAGAUUCGUUCGAUGAUAAUGAAGAGACAUUGUCACUCUCACUUUUACUGGGGGAGUUGAAAUAUUUAAGGAAACUUCAUUUACAAAAUUUUGAUAUAAAUGAACAAACUUUAUUUAAUGGCUCGCGAUCAUUCUACUUGUUGGAAAAGCUAAACAUUUCGUGUUAUAGAUUAAGUGUAGAGGAAGAGCCAUAUCAAUAUUUAGGAAAAUUAAGGCAUUUAAGACAGUUGACUCUACAUGCCGAUGAAACUUCUGUUAAAUACUUAUUGCCUAUUGCGUCACUGUCGUCACUCAAGAAGAUUAAGUUGAAACGGGUUAACUUAAAUAAAGACAAUGCAAAGCAGCUGUUUGCUUUAUUACUUGAAAUAAGAUCUCUAAAGAAACUUUCUUUAAACAACGUUUGGCGUAAUUCUACCCAAGUUGUGAUACACGCUCUAACUGAGGCGUUACCAGCAAUGAAACUUUUGGAAACGCUGUCGUUGAGAAGUAUAAAGUUUACCCAAGUCAAAGGAGAGCAACAAUUAAUGACUGCAAUAGGAUCGUUGAGUUUUUUGAAAAAACUUGAUUUAUUUUGUUCUUAUAUUACCGAGGCCGGUGCAGAAACUUUAACUGUUGUGCUGCCAAAUUUAUACAACUUAAGACGUUUUAGGCCACCAAAAUUUUGGGCAACGUGAAAAACUCAAAGAGGCACUACGCCUCGUAGUUCCUUGGGUUAUGAUCAGGUGAGACUAGACACGUGCAAAAAUUUGUGGAAGGCUUUUUGAUAUUUUAUUCCAUUAUGGCACAGUCAUUCAGAUAGUGAUAAAGGUUCUGAAACAUCUAUUUCAACCACCAUUUAGCAGAAACGCUGAAAUCACUCGUGGAAAAUGAAACCCUGACAAUAAAUCACAAUAUUUUGAAACACUGCAACACUUACCAGUAAUAAUCAAUUGCUUUUGACUUUUUCGUUGUCUCAAACACUGGUUUAGAAUUUAACAGAAGUCGAGUGACAGUAUUGUAAUCUGCAGUCGUUGACUGAGAAACGUUUCACGCAGAACACGCACGCAUUUAUACAUUGCAUUUAUAUAACGGUAAAGUGUUUUGUAUCCUGUAGAAAGUUUUAAUUAUUUCAACUGUUCAUUGAAAGAACACUUCCGAAUUUGUAUUGGUAGCUAUUUUAUAAUUUGAUUACAUGAAUAACAAUUAGUUGUAUGAAAACAGUUUAAUUAGCUUGACGCAGCAAUGGGAAUUAAUUUCAUAUUUCAACAUAAAUCAUUACAAACCAUUCUCUUUAAAAUAUAUUAAAUAUUAAAAAUAUUAAAUUGAUUAACCAUGAUAAUUAUUAAAAACAGUAAUUACAAAUAACUUUGUAUCUGAAUUCUAGGUUAGAAACCUUUGAAAUAAGAGCUUUUAAUGUCAUUUAGAGUCACUGCUGAGUUUUUUUCAAAAUACCGAGUGAUUUAUUUAACUUGUAUGAUAACUUCCUAUGGAUAAUGAUAUAAUAAUAACAAUUAUGCAGUUAAGAUGAUAAUUGAUAGUGGAAGCACAGGAAAUACAGAAGUUAAAGGGUUAAUUUUGACGAGUUAAAAGUUCGGAUUGUUUGUCAUAAAUAAUAUCAUAUAAUGGUCAUAAAAUGCAAUAUUAGAUAUGAAAUACGAUUGCUAACAACGACCUUGCAUGGCUACGACCUUUUUCACUGUACUGGAAAAUAUGAAAAACCGAGCAAGGUUUCAUAGUUUCGUGUUUGAUAUUUUUUAGUACAGCUUGUGUGGUCGAUGUUAGUAGCUACGUUUUUAUUAUAUGACAUGAUUUAUUUCAAAUAAUAUUGUCAAUGGCCAUCGUGUCGUCGUAAGUGAAAAUGAAUUAUUGAAGUAUAAUUUCAAAUUCAAAAUGGCUACCUAAGUAACGAUGCUAUUGGUCAGGGGUUUCCAAAGAAUAUUUUAGAACUAUAAUAUCCACCAAUGAAAUCAUCUUUAAGAUAUUUUAGAAUCUUAAUAUAUUCCUAAAAGUGAGCUGUUGUAAUUUAUUUUCACUUACACUAAAUCCGCCCUGCGUCGCUCUGAACUGUGUGAAAAUGAUAAAAGUAGUUUCGCAUUCUUCAUUUUCAAUUUCCGAAUUAUG